AUGUCUCGUCAUCGCAAUCUUCGUAAAUUAGUUCAUGAUGAUGAUUAUGAUUAUUACGAUGAAGAAUAUAACCGUUACAGUAUAUCAAGUGACGAUGAUCAUGUUAUCCCCGCAAGCUGUUUGUACGGAAAAUCGGCGAAAGAUGUACAAGAUGAUACUCAGAAAAAUUUAUAUGAUUGCGUUUUCGAUCGGUCGAAAAAUUCUUUAGAAAAUGCAGCAGUUGAUAUUAAUGGCAAAAGCAGGAAAAUUUUUUCUGUAGAGAGUAUGGAGACAUCAAAUUAUCUUAGUUGCGAUAUUCCUACUAUUUUACCUAUACAACAAGUGCAAAACCUGAAAAUUUCAAGUACUCAUUCUGCAGAAAUGCAUCGAAGUACAUCGCCUUCUCCAUCUAGAUCACUUGUUCCUAGUUCCAGUUCUAAAAGACUUUCGGCUUUAGCCCAGGCGCAAGCGACCAUAUACACUACUCCAAAAUUACAAAAGCGUGUCGGUGAUGGUAAACCAUUGAUAAAUUUAGUGAUAGUCGGACAUGUAGACGCUGGCAAGAGCACAUUAAUGGGGCAUCUUUUGUAUCAACUUGGAAGCGUCGAUGAACGUACAAUGCAUAAAUAUAAACAAGAAUCAGCCAGGACUGGAAAGGCUUCCUUUGCUUUUGCAUGGGUUAUGGAUGACACUCAGGCAUUUCCUCUAUAUUUUCGAUUAUUUUUGAAGUUUUAUAAAAAAGAAGAACGACAGAGAGGAGUAACAAUGGAUAUAGCGAAAACCUGUUUUGAAACUGAUCAUAGGCGAAUAAUUGUUAUGGAUGCACCGGGUCAUCGAGAUUUCAUUCGAAAUAUGAUUAGCGGUGCGGCUCAAGCUGAUGUUGGUGUACUUGUUGUUGAUGCCACACCGGGUAAAUUUGAGACUGGUUAUGACCUUGGAGGUCAAACUCGUGAACAUUCUAUGCUUCUUCGGGCAUUGGGUAUAAAUGAACUAAUCGUCGUUCUGAAUAAGAUGGAUAUGGUUUCUUGGUCUCAAACUAGAUUUGAUGAAGUUUGUGCCACUUUAAAUCCUUUUUUAAAGAAGCAAGCGGGAUUUCGCUUGUUGCAUUUUGUUCCCGUAUCUGGUCUUCAUGGUAUAAAUUUAACAGAAACAGUGCCCAUGGAUCAUAUGUUACAGUGGUAUAAAGGAUCAUGUUUAAUACAGACCAUUGACGAUUUGAUUCCUCCAAAACGAGCUGAAGAUGGUAAAUUCCGAGCAGUGAUCAACGAUGUUCAAAAAAACACGCAGUCACUACUAACAUUAAGUGUUAAAAUCGAAUCUGGCUAUGUCGAAAUCGGAGAAAAAAUUUUCAUUAUGCCUAAUGCUGAUCCUGUUUUUGUUAAAGGAAUAGUUUCUGAUACGCAGUCUUCUUCGGAUUCAUCGACUUAUUUUGCUGGUGAACAAGUCAUUUUGAAUAUAACAGCUUUAAAUAAUGUAGAGCAAGAUUCGAUUACGAGUGGCUACAUAUUAUGUCGUGGUGGCCAAGAAUGUCUUUUACCUGGAAAGCGUUUUCUUAUUCGUCUUGUAGUUUUUAAUAUUGCAAUUCCAAUAAUAAAAGGCACUCGAGCAGAACUGUAUGCCCACUCAUUGUGUCAGCCAUGCACGGUUGUCAGACUAAAGGCUGCUCUUAGUAAAGCUGAUGGCGAAAUUUUAAGGCAAAAACCAAGGUGUUUGACAAAAAAUAUGAGCGGUAUUGUAGAAAUUGAAACCGACAAGCUUGUCUGUCUUGAACCUUACUCAGAGUGCAGAGCACUCGGUCGUAUUACGUUGCGAUGUGCUGAUCAAACAAUCGCAGCAGGCAUUGUCGAAAGAUUGUUGCAGUGA